AUGUUAAUCAACAAUACCAGUCUGGAUGGGAGAAAUAACGAUGCCAUUGCUUCCGAAUCCGUGGAGUUCCAUGCUGUCAAGAUAGCACUUUACGUUGCAAUUUUUAUUUUAAGUUGCAUCGGAAACAGUUUAGUGGCCAUUGUAAUCCUUGGAGCCACAGGAAUGAGAACGACCCCAAACCUUCUGGUCCUGAAUUUGGCUUUUUGCGACCUCUUCACACCCGCUCUAAGCAUUCCAUUUGAUUUGGCUUUGGAAGAGCUUAACCAAGCGUGGCCGUUCGGCAGAGUGAUGUGCAAAAUUCUGUGGCCAUUUCAGACGGCGCUUUCGACAUCAUCGUCCUUAACUUUGGCAGUUAUUAGUUUGGACAGAUUUAGAGCUCUUGCGAGGCCUUUGAGUGAACGUCCAUCAUCUAUGCGAAUUGUGAAGACCGUUGUGGCAAUUCACGUUUUCUCUACUAUUUUAUGCAUCCCUUAUUUCAUUACUUUGCAAUACAAAAGCUCUCCAAAGUCGUGCACAGAAACUUGGCCACCGGGCUACAGCCAAGUUUAUACCAUUGUGCUAUUUCUGUUUCAAUUUGCUCUUCCUUUAACAACCAUGUCUGUAUCAUACCUGCUUAUUUAUCGAAGCUUACGUUCGAAUGUGACAAUGCUUUUUUCCGAGAGCACAAGAAGUUAUAGACAUCAACAUCACACCAUCAGCAACAACUCGACUUCAAGCAAAGAAGAAAGCGAAUUGAAACGCAGGGAACAGAACAUUCACUUGGCAAAAAUUUUCGUCAUCGUUGUAGUGGUAUUUGCAAUAGGCAUGUCACCUAAUCAAUUCUUCUGGCUUUGGGUAGACUUUGGACGUGGUGCGGAGAACAGACUGUUUCAUUACAUUUCUGUGAUGUGUCGUCUGUUCACCUACGCCAACAGUGUUUUAAAUCCGUUCAUCUAUGCUCUGAAAAGCAAAGAAUUUAGGUCUGGAUUUGCAAGGAUUGGUCGCGCUGGUAUGAAGCCCUUAAGAAAGAUAAGCACUGAGACAAGGAAGUUUGUUCUUAAAAAGGUCAGCAGGAGUGCCAGUGGGCUCAUCCCAGACACAGCCGAUGUCCAUACACUAACAUCCAUUCAAAAUGUCGUCGUCAGCAAAGAUGUUACUACCUAUUCGAGAGGAGCCAAGAAUUAUAAUUCCGUGGAAGCUUCAGACGAGGUAUUGCUGCUCGAGACCCUCUCAAAACCUGGAGCGCACCAUUUCUUCGAAGAACUUCGCGAAAGCUCAUGUUGA